AUGCUUUCGCAGCGGCGCAUUCGGCUUCUGGCCAUCGCCGUGGUGGUCAUAAUCAUCAUGACUUUCUACUAUUCGAGUGAAGCCCGGAGUGUUCAGAAUCAACAAUUCUACCGAUCAACCGUGGCGGCGAUGGAGGCUCAAAAGCAGGCAAAGGAAGCCGGAACAGCAGCCAACAUACCGCCGCAGAAGGACCAGCCCAAACAAAACCCUAUCAAGGAAGAGACGAAGCCUGCCAUGGACAACGAUAGGGAAGAACCGGCGAUCCCCAAGGCCAACAAUGAUGCGGACGAAGUAGAAGAGAUCCCAAUUGCAGGCAGAACCAAGAUGACAGUACCUAAGAAUCGAAAUGAUCCGGAGAAAGAGACAUCGGAACAGCCGCAAGAGCAAAAACCGGAGACAGAUGAUCAUGCGGCCGCCGUGGCCGAGCUGAAUGGAAUAUUGAAGCGGGCACCAAUCAUUGUAUUCUCCAAAUCCUACUGUCCGUAUAGCGCCAAGGCGAAGUCUAUCCUCUUGGACAAAUACUCGAUUGUUCCUGCACCUUUUGUGGUGGAGCUUGAUAAGCAUGAGUUGGGUCGACCGCUUCAGGCGUUGCUGGGAGAAAAUACCGGGCGUCGCACUGUCCCGAACGUGUUGGUCAACGGGAAAAGCAUUGGAGGAGGGGAUGAUGUGACGGCUCUGGAUCAAAAGGACGAAUUGGCUUCAACAUUGAGAAGCUUGGGGGGUAAGUGGGUCCAGGAGGUCCAUCGUAAAGAAUGA